CUCCUCACCUACAACUUUGUCUCGAUAAUGUUGUCCUCCGCUUCGCGCAUUGCCAUCCGCCCUGCCGUCGCUCCCUUGAGCAAUGGCGUCCAGGCCCGCAACAUGGCCACCUUGAAAGAAAUUCAACUUCGUUUGAAGUCGGUUUCCAACAUUGAAAAGAUCACCAAGUCCAUGAAGAUGAUUGCCUCGACCAAGGUCAACAAGGCCCAGCGUGGUAUGGAAGCUGCUCGCGCCUUCGGUGCCGCCUCAAACUCCCUUUUCGAAAGCGCCGAGACUAAGGCUGCUGAGGAUGGCAAGGUCCUUUUCGUUGCCACUUCGUCUGACCGUGGUUUGUGCGGUGGUAUUCACAGCAGUGUUUCCAAGGCUACCCGCCGUUUGCUCGAAGAGCGCCCCGAGUCUGCUGUCGCUGUCUUGGGUGAUAAGCCCAAGGCCCAGCUCUUGCGUUUCGCCCGCGACAACAUUGUCAUCACCUUCAACCAGAUCGGUAAGGACAUCCCCACCUUCGCCGAGGCUUCCUCGAUCGCCGAUGUCAUCAAGGCCCAGGGUGUCGAAUUCGACACCGCCAAGAUUGUCUACAACCAGUUCAAGUCGGUCAUUGCCUACGAAGCUGAUGUUAUCCCCGCCUACUCUGAGGAAGUUUUCAAGUCUUCCCCCAACUUCGCCGUCUACGAAAUCGAAGAUGAUGUGCUCGCCAACUUGCAGGAGUUCACCUUCGCCAACGGUCUCUACUGGGGCUUGGUUGAGGGUUACGCCUCUGAAAUGUGCGCCAAGCGUGCUGCUAUGGAGAACGCCACCAACAACGCCGGUGACAUGAUUAGCAAGUUGACCAUGACCUACAACCGUGGUCGUCAGGCCGUCAUUACCAACGAAUUGAUUGAUAUUAUUACUGGUGCCUCUGCCCUGUAAAUGCAUUUUAUUCUAUUCUUUAUUAAAAAAAGGCCAUGUCUGCGUUCUUUGUACAAAUAAAAAUAGGACGUACGCGAAUCAAAGCAUUAGAGUGCGUCCAGUAGCAUUUUAAUAG